CAGCCAUAUUUGACAGAAGAAGAAGACGCUCGGCAUGACUUAUCAAGGAAAGAAAUUACAGAUAAUGUAGCAGCUUUUGUGAAUAUUUAAAAAGAAUAACAUUUUCUUUUAAGCAGCAUUUUAUAUCUCUGGAUCCUGCAUGCUCUCUAGUUUUGAAUCAGACUGCUGGAAGGUGGAUACAACUCGCUGGUUUUCUCUUCUGGUUAGCUUGUUGGUUAGCACUAAGGGGUGGGCAAUCUGUCUGGCAGUUGUUGGCGUCAUAUAAAUAGGGAGCACGCUACCUGUCGAGGACGUUACCAGCGUAGUUGUGUUGGUGUAUGUUAAUGUUGAUGUUGAUUAGAGUUAGUGCAGUUUAGUGCCAGUGUAGUUAAACGUCAGAGUAGUUUCCCUGCUGUCAUCUACCUGUCGCCGGUCGCUGACAUAACUUAGUUUACGGUCAGUGUAGUUUUCCCUGUUGUCCUCUACCUGCCGCCGAGACUUCAUGUUCAAUCGCUUUUCCGCUGCUCUCACUCUUCUCCCCCGCUGCCUACUGCUCGCCUCCUCCCCUAGGACUCUGACGAGAGCCUGCCACUUCCUCGGAAGGAUGAAACCCACCGUGGUGAGGUGCCUCCCUGGGGAGCCCAAACUCACCAUCUCCUUCAGUCUGGACGGCAGCCACAAACACAUGCUGCGGGACCAGGAUGAGCCGCUGGGAAAAGCCCUGGCCAGGAUCUCUCAUGGCCUCAACAAGAGCCAAGGAAAGGGGAAGAAGUCGAAGAAAAAGAAAGGAGAGACGCCGGACGAAGCCCCUGGGCUCACCGCGGUGAAGCUCUACUACAACGGGGAGGAGGUGUCCGACACGUUGAUGAACUCGGAGGCGUGGCGGGACGGAUCAGUGCUCCAGGUGGGAGACGUGAAGUACUCAGUUCGCAGGAACACUCCCACUUUCACCAACGCAGAGCUCCCCGUGUCCCUGCUCGCAGAGUUCCCCGUCUGUCCCAACCUGGAGAUAGAGUUUGGGAACCUGCAAGACUGCGAGUUCACGUGGUAUAGAGAAAAUGCCCCAAAUACAAGCACUGAAACUGCUGGAGAAGUUGAAGGUCAAGACAGCGAGUGGACAGAGGUAGGAUGUGGGAGAGUCCACGUUCCUUCCAUUCAGGAUAUCGGCUACAGGCUCAAACUGCGCUGCACACCUAAAGAUGGAGGACGUAGUGGCCUGCCCAAGGAUCUCGUCUCUACGGCCAUAGAAGCCGGACCGGGGGUGUGCACGUUCGACAACAGGCACGCGUACACUCUCAAAGAAGCAGAGUGGCCGGCUGUGAGGGUGGUGUCGUACAACAUCCUCGCCGACAUCUACGCCCAGACAGAACUGUCCAAGACGGUUCUUUACCCGUACUGCGCCCCCUACGCCCUGCAGCUGGACUACAGACAGAACCUGAUCAAGAAGGAGCUCGCCGGGUACAAUGCUGACAUUAUCUGUCUGCAGGAGGUGGACAAAGGGGUGUUUUUGAACAGUCUGACUCCAGCCCUCGAUGCAUUCGGUCUGGAUGGCGUUUUUAGGACCAAAGAGAGGCAGCAUGAAGGACUCGCCACGUUCUACCGCAGGUCAAAGUUCAAGCUGCUGAGCAGUCAUGACAUUGCGCUGAGCGAGGCGUUAUCCUCUGACCCGAUCCACUCUGCGCUGCUGGAGAAGCUUUCUGCGAACACGACUCUGAAGGCGAACAUCCUGCACAGGUCCACCGUCCUGCAGGUCAGUGUGCUUGAGGAUGUGAGUAAACCUGGCAGGAAGGUCUGCGUGGCAAACACUCACCUGUACUGGCUCCCCACAGGAGGGAGCAUCCGCUUGGUCCAGAUGGGCGUGGCUCUGCAACACCUGAGUCAUGUGAUCAACGAGGUCUCACCUGGAGCCCCUCUGAUCUUUUGUGGUGACUUCAACUCACAUCCUGACUCAGGUGUGUUCCAGCUGCUCAGCAAGACGCUUGUUCCUCUGCAGCACGCAGACUGGAUCAGCAUGGGACCAGAGGAGUCCUGCAGCAUGGACCUGAUCUCUGCCUUCCCCCCUCUGCUGAGUGCCUGUGGACAGCCAGCUUACACCAACUAUGUGGGAGGAUUUCAUGGCUGCCUGGACUACAUCUUCAUACAGCCAGACAGCAUACAGGUGGAUCAGGUGAUUCCUCUGCCCAGCCACCAGGAGGUCACCACCUACGAGGCUCUGCCCAGCGUAGCUCACCCCUCUGACCACAUCGCCCUGAUCUGUGACCUGCGCUGGAACCCCUGACCUCCUUCACCAAAGACACUAGAGAACCAGGCUUCUCCCACAAUUACAUCCAGACUUUGGAUUUUCUUAAUUCAGUGCUUGAGCUGAAAUGCUGCACAUUGCUUGUUAUUUUUCUUAAAUGUAAUUGCUAUUUGGCUGUAACACUUGACAGAACACCAACUGCUGGUUCAUAUUUGGUUAAUAAUUCUUGUUAAUAUGAGUUCAUAUUAGAAAUAGAAGUAAUGUGAUUGCUGCUGGGUUUUAGUCACUCUAAAAUGACUGUGACACAUCUUAGUUCACAUGGACUCUUAAUGGUUCUUAAAAGAAAUACACAUAUUAACAUUUUAAUAAAGUUAUUUAUUAUUACUUUCACAUUUAUUUUUAUUUUGGCCAGACAAGUUGAUCAGUAAGUUAUUUGAAAUAAAGUCUCAAAGCAUU